GCGGCCUCCUCCCGCCCUCGUCCUAAGAGGGGGAAGUCAAGGCCCCCUCAGGCGACAAAUACAUUUAAAAACUCCCCUUUUGGGUUUGAGUUGAAAGCAGCUGAAUGUGUGGAGUGUUCUAGAAAGCUCACUGGACCUCUACAAUCGCAGAAGAAAUCCUAACCAGGUUGUGUCAUAUAUUAGUUGGACGUUAGUUGAAGCGUGAGCUGCCAUUUCAUCUUAGGAAAAAUUUUAUGGAAUAAGGGAAAGGAUGACGUCCAGCGAACCUACCAACUUCACCUUGAUUCCCAACCAGAAAUUUAGACGCAGCAGCCGUCGGUUCAACCCUUUCUGUAAUGCCUCUGACUCAGAGUCUCAGGUACUCUCAACACUUGGGGAUUUUAGAGUUCUGCCAUUAGAACUUUUCCAGAUGAUCUUGGAAUAUCUGACAGUGAAUGAUAUUAGCAUGCUAAGCAUGGUGUCGAAAACCAUCAACCACCGGCUCAUUAAUUAUAUCCCAACCUCCCUGGGAAGCAGAAGGUUUUUACUGCAAGAUUUUCAUAACUUUGAGCUGCCUAACAGGACACAAGCCUCCUGUAUAAUGGACCACUACAGAUCUCUAGGGCUGUUGUUUAAAAGGUGCACACUGCUGCUACCCACCAAAGAAAGGCUGAAAUAUGUUCACAAGAUACUCACAGAAGUUUCCUGUUUUAAACUCAGUGGUUGUACUGUCCCAUUGAAGUGUUUAGGAUUACCAUGUUAUGGAAUGUUUUUACAGACCCUAACGGCGGGCUGGGACGAGCUGGAGUGCCAUCGAGUGUAUAACUUCCUUUGUGAGCUGACCAAUUUACCCCGAAGGAUUCAGACGGUCGUCAGCAGUAAACCAGGAGGGGCCAGAAAACUGGAGUUACGAGUUAGAUUGUUUUGUCGGAAUGUCCUGCUCGACCAUUGGCCUCAUCGAAGUGAUACUGCUUUUUGGCUAACCCGCAUCUUAAAACCGUGGCCAAUAGUGAAUCAAGCACGAUUGCUGUAUAUCAUCUUUGGACCAGUCUCUCCGCGAGAGGGGCUGUUGAUUUGGCAGAAAAUGACAGAUGGACCAGCUGAUGAAACCAGUUUAAAGAGCUUGGCCAGUGCCAUUAAAUUACUAUAUGACGCCAACGCUAAAGAGUGGACAGCAGAUGAUAUCGUCACUCUUGUAGAUGAAUUAUCAGUGAUUCCUCGUGAAUGGCUCCUGGAGAAUAAUGCCCGUCUUCUUAUUCUAAGUGGAAACAGUAUCUGUUUCAGUUUUAUGGCUAGUAAAGCUUUGAAUGGACGGGCCUUUGAACUGGCCCGGCUGGUAAUCUUUUUGGCUUUGGUCUGCGAGAAGGAUCUGUAUUGCAUGGACUGGGCAGUAAAAAUAAUGCAAAGAGUCUGCAAAGUGUUUAGCACCCAGAUGGAAAGAAGUAACUUCCUGCAAAGUGUGGAGAAUGCAUUUGCACGUAUAAUAUUGGAUAUGCUGCAGUCGGUAAUGUCUGGAGAACAGGAGGAUGACGAUAACAGCUUUUUGAAUUUGUUCCAUCUUGUGAAUGCACAGGCUAAUUUUCACAAGGAAGUCCUGUAUUUGAUUAUGAACCCUUCUACUUAAGUAACCCCAAGGCCAAGAUUUUAGAGACUGUCGUCCUUCUACAAUUACCAAAGAAUUGCUGAUUCUCCAUCGUGUCUUUCCAAACAAUGUCCAUUUAACUUUUUAUUCUCCAGUGGUCCUGACAUUUGAAAGUAAGGGCUUUUAGAGGUUUUAGCAGCAAUGGUCACCCAAGGAUAAAACUAAACAAUAUAAUAGAUGUCACAAAAUAUAUCUGGAAAACUCAGUGCUUUGCCACUCUCCCUGUGGUGAACGCAAGGGCCAAAAUAAACCUUAAGGGUUGUGGUUAGGUAACUGUCCAGUAAAUCUAUUACCACACCACUUCACCACAAGAACAGAUUCUUCUUUGCCCAAAUGAUUCGUCUUGAGACAGCCCUAGCUCCAUGGUGUGGAGUACAACUUUCCACCUAGUUUUGUUUAUGAAAACAUGGCCCAGAAUGUUUGGUUAGGGUUGGCUGGGACUGGAAAUGAACAGGAUGUGGAUGUUUAGGAUGGAAGUUAAUAUUCGUAAUUAUGUCCCCGAGCCAGGGUAAGCAGAAACUACACAUUCCCUGAAAUGGAUAGAGACUAAUGUAAAAUGAAAAAUUCUGAAUACAACUUGCAAAAGUUCCAAAAUCUCGUGACGUGGUAAAAGUGACAAGAUGAAAGUAAGAACUUCAUAUGUACACUGGAAUUAUCUGUCAUAGAUUUUACUGAAUGGAAGUUCACCUGAAUAGCGUGAGUUUCAUCAGCUUUUUGUUGAAACUGCAUCAGUUACUGACAGCUGGAUUAUCAAGGGAAAGUAGAUAGAUGGAAACACGCCUUUUGCUAGAUUUUGGAACUUUUUUCAUAGGUUUGUAUUCACACGGCAGGUGCUCUGGAAAAAAAAAAAAAAGGGUAUUUUAUUUUACACAAUCCUAAUGAGAAUCCCAUCAGUUGAAGCCUCCAAAACGGUGGGGGUGGAAAAAGACUAUUCACUCUAUUGAAUUGCCUGACGUUUCAAACUACUUAAAAAAAUUUUAAUGUUUAAGAUUUCAAAUUAUAUUUGAAAUGAGUGUAGUUCUUCGAAUCCUCCCAGUCUGAUUUUUCACAGGGUAGUAUGGAUUUGCCACUGAAAAUAAACUGAGGCAUCAACCUUUUAAGAAGGUUUUCUUUUCCUUUUGCAAUUGAUCUUGCUGAUUAAAAUGAAGAUAUUUGGGGCACAGCUGACAUGAAAGCUCAUGGAUGAGGCUGCUAACCAAUUUCCAACUAUCCUCAGCAACUGAAGAUUCUGGCAAACACUUAAGCAUUUUAAAAAUGUAAGGCAUAGAAUGCUUUCCCAUAUUUUACUGAUAUAUGGUUGCAGGGGUUCUUCUAGCAGUGACUUUCCCGGAGUUUCUUGUAGCCUCCUGGAGCUUGUUGACAAAAUAAUGUACUUCUUCCCGAAGAUAGACUCAAAUAUAUUCCUACUGUUACUACUAUCACUAUCAUUAACAAUACUUUCUUUACAAGGAAAUUUGCAGUUGAAUGCUAUCUGUGAAACUGCAGGCUGCUGAGGGUGUGAAAAUAUAAAGCAGUGUCCUUCAAAGCUUUGGUUUAAAUCAGUAAUCUCAAAUUACCACUGAUCAAACCUUGCUACCAAACCACCAAAAUAUCCCUCCCUCAAUUUAUAAUUUAACUGGUUUCAAACUACUAGGGGGUUGUAUUUGGACUGCAAUUUUAAUCUUUUUAUUAUAUUAAAUGUUCCUUUAGCGUACUUUAGUCUUCUUGCUUUGGAAUGCAAAACACAUUUAUUUAGAGAUGUGCCUGCUUGAGGGUGAUUUUUAAAUCUUCAUCCUCAAGAAUCAAAAAAUUCUGAACCCUUCGAACCAAAAUUGUGUCACUAAAGAAUUAGAUAAUGUGAUGCUGGUUGGUUGAAAGAUCAAAUGUGGCACGUAUUAUUAGAAUGCUAUAUUUAGAUUUUGUUGACAAUUUGUAGAAUUUUGUGCAGAAUCUGCUUUCUGGAUUUGGUAGCUUUCCUUGGUAGUCCAUGUUUCACCUUGUUCUUGUAUGAAAUUCCUGUAUCCAUUAUAUACUACAAUAAAUGGGACAGUUUUAUGGUCAAAGUAUAUGUGAUAUAGAGUAUUCGAUGCGAUUUUUCACAGACAUUGCUCUGCAGAUGUCUCCCUGCCCCUCAAAAUCCACAGCGUUGCCCAUUCC